AUGUCCCUUUCACCCCUCGAGAAGGCUGCCUCCGGCGCCAUGGCCUCUGUGAUUGCCAAUACCUUGGUUUAUCCUUUGGAUUUGAGCAAAACCAUCAUUCAAACACAAGUGAAGAAACAUGACAAGAAGGCCGGUGAAGAGACCGACGCGGGCUUCAGCAGCUCCGCAUCGCAGGGUGAGGAUUCUGUUUUCAAGCAAAAGGCCAACAACAAUGGCCUCAAAUACAAAAACACCGCCGAUGUGUUGAAGAAGAUCUACGAGAAGAAGGGCGUUUUGGGAUGGUACCACGGUCUUCUUUCGUCCAUUUUGGGCACGGCGGCUCAGAACUUCUCCUACUUUUACUGGUACUCCAUCGUCAAGAGGGUGUACGGUGAAUUGACCAAGAAGGGUGUCAAUGCCAAACACUCCACACCAAUCGAGUUGUUCUUGGGUGCCUUGGCUGCCGCUAUUUCCCAGCUCUUCACAAUGCCUAUCGGUGUCAUCACCACGCAGCAGCAAACCGACAAGCACCACCGUACGUUGUUCCAGUUGGCCAAGGAGAUCUACGUCCAUGACGGCAUUGUUGGCUUCUGGAGAGGUUUGAGCGUCUCCUUAGUGUUGUGCAUCAACCCAAGUAUAACAUACGGCUCGUACGAGCGUUUGAAGCAGGUGCUCUACAACAACAAGCAGUUCUUGGGUCCCUUGGAAUCCUUCAGCUUGGGUAUGUUGGCCAAGUCCAUGGCCACGCUUGCCACGCAACCACUCAUUGUCUCCAAGGCCAUGCUUCAAAAGAAGCUGCAAAAAGCUCCCGAGGGCAAGAACGGCAAGAUCAUCUUGCAAAAACACGAGGAGGAGGAAGACAUCAAGUUCGACAGCUUCAUACAGGCAUUGAGCCACUUGUGGAAGACUGAAAAGCUUAGAGGCUUAUACAAGGGUGUGGCACCUCAGUUGCUCAAGGGUGUUAUCGUGCAGGGUUUGUUAUUCAUGUUCAAGGACCAGCUCGACAUGCUCUUUUUGUUGCUUUUGAAAGCGCUCAAGUCCAGAAAGACAAAGCUUUUGGCUAGAGCUGCUCUCAAAUAA